GCAGGUGGCGGCGGCGGCGGCGGCGGGUCCCGCUGUCCCCGCUCCGGGGCAUGCGGCGGCGGUAGGAGGCGCGGCGGCGAUGGGCGGCCGGGGACUGCCGCUGCUGCUGGGGCUGCCGCUGCUGCUGGGGCUGCCGGCGGCGGGGCGCGCCGCCUCCAAGGCGCUGGUGUGCCAGGAGAUCACGGUGCCGAUGUGCAAGGGCAUCGGCUACAACCUCACCUACAUGCCCAACCAGUUCAACCACGACACGCAGGACGAGGCCGGGCUGGAGGUGCACCAGUUCUGGCCGCUGGUGGAGAUCCAGUGCUCCCCGGACCUGCGGUUCUUCCUGUGCAGCAUGUACACCCCCAUCUGCCUGCCCGACUACACCAAGCCGCUGCCCCCGUGCCGCUCGGUCUGCGAGCGGGCCAAGGCGGGCUGCUCGCCCAUCAUGCAGCAGUAUGGCUUCGCCUGGCCCGAGAGGAUGAGCUGCGACCGCCUGCCCGUGCUGGGGGACACCGAGGUGCUUUGCAUGGGCUACAACCGCACCGAAGCCACCACCUUGCCGCCUUUCUUCGGGAAGCCCACGCGCCCGGCCAGGGACGCGGGCAAGAUGCUGACGCCGCUGGGCGGGCAGCGUUCCUCGGGCUCCGACUGCAGCCAGGCUUGCAAGUGCAAAGCGCCCCUGGUCCCCGUCUCCAAGGAGUCCCACCCGCUGUACAACCGCAUCAGGACCGGGCAGGUGCCCAACUGCGCCAUCCCCUGCUACCAGCCCUACUUCACCCAGGACGAGAAGACCUUUGCCACCUUCUGGAUCGGCCUCUGGUCCAUCCUCUGCUUCCUCUCCACCUCCACCACCGUGGCUACCUUCCUCAUCGACAUGGAGCGCUUCAAGUACCCCGAGCGCCCCAUCAUCUUCCUCUCUGCUUGCUACCUCUUCGUCUCCCUGGGCUACAUCGUGCGGCUGGUGGCAGGACACGCCAACGUGGCUUGCAACCCAGAGCACCACCACAUCCACUACGAAACUACGGGCCCUGCCCUCUGCACUGUGGUAUUUCUUCUUCUCUACUUCUUCGGCAUGGCCAGCUCCAUCUGGUGGGUCAUCUUGUCCCUCACCUGGUUCCUGGCAGCUGGCAUGAAGUGGGGCAAUGAGGCCAUCGCUAGCUAUGCGCAGUACUUCCACCUGGCUGCCUGGCUCAUUCCCAGUGCCAAAUCCAUCGCUGUGCUGGCACUUAGCUCUGUGGAUGGUGACUCGGUGGCUGGGGUUUGCUAUGUGGGCAACCAGAGCCUGGAGAACCUGCGGGGCUUCGUGCUGGCACCGCUGGUGGUUUAUCUUUUCACUGGCAGCCUCUUCCUGCUGGCUGGUUUCGUCUCACUCUUUCGCAUCCGCAGUGUGAUCAAGCAGGGCGGCACCAAGACUGACAAGCUGGAGAAGCUGAUGAUCCGCAUCGGCAUCUUCACCGUGCUCUACACCGUGCCUGCCACCAUCGUCAUUGCCUGCUACAUCUACGAGCAGCACAAUCGAGAGGCGUGGGAGCGGGCACAUAACUGCUCCUGCCCGGGGGACCCCCACCGCCCCAAGCCCGACUAUGCCGUCUUCAUGCUCAAGUACUUCAUGUGCCUUGUGGUGGGCAUCACCUCUGGUGUCUGGAUCUGGUCCGGCAAGACACUGGAGUCCUGGAGGCGCUUCACAGCUCGCUGCUGCCGGGCCAGGAAGCCCGCGGGUGCCUCCGUGUAUGGUGAAGCCAGUCCGGCGCUCGUUGGCAGGACGGUGUUGCCCAGCAUGGCUUCCUACCCCAAACAGGUCCCACUGUCCCACGUGUGACCAGAGGGAGCCUCAGUGACCCCAGCCUCAGGGAAGAGAGGGUUGCGAAGACCCUGGGCCACAGAAGAGGGGGUGGCAGCUGGGCCACUCCUGCAGUCCUCAGCCCCACCGCGACGGUGCUGCCCAGGACCAAGCGUGUGCGUCCAUGGGGCACAGAGCAGCUGUGUCCCCGGCAGAGCAGGGAGAGGUGCUGCCAGUGGUGUGGGGGCAGAGGGACAAGGAGACCUGGAGCCUGGCACUGCCGCAUAUGCCCCUUUUGGGGUCCCACGCCCUGUUCGGGGUCCCGGGGUGCUGCCAUCUGUGGGCUGGUCAGGUGGUGGGUAGUUCUGGAGCGCUGAUUUGUGUCCUGAGAUGAGCCCCUGGGCGUCUCGGUGGUGCUGGGGUGAAGAGGAGAGCUGCUGCAGGCACGGUGGGUGGUCACCCCCAACCUCGCGUUGCGUGCUGGCACCGGCACCGAGCCACCCACCAGAGCCCAGGGGUUGGGAGGGGGCUGCCUCCCUGCCGUGCUGCACCCCGGCCCCGUGGGCAGAGCGGGACAAUGUCCCCAGGGCUCCUGGAGCCCCUGGGCACAACUAUGGGUGGCAGAGGAGAGGGCUUGGGGUCCCUGCUGCGGGGCUGGGGGCUUCACAGGCGUUGGCGGUGCGCGAGGAGGGGGCUGUGGAGAGGAACUGCCACCCAGCCCUUGAGGUGGGCAGAGAGGGCCUGCAGGGACCAGGCGACCCCAGAGGUCCCUUCUGGCGUGGGCAGGGGGCUCAGGGCUGGGCAGGGUCUGGUGCUGUGGGGGUCCAGCUCACCCCGCUGCUCUGCAAUGGGCAGCCCCACCGCCCGCGGAGCAACUCCCCACAGCGCCGAGGGGCUGUGCGGGUGACGAGGCUGCCGUCCCAGCGUGGGGUUCCCAAGGAGCCUGGGACACCGCUACAGCUCUGGCACCGCGAGCAGCCUCCUCCUGAGCUGCCCUGUGCUCUGGGAAGGGAUCCGUGCUGCUCCGUGCCUCUCGCCUCUGCAGUGGGGUGAGUUUCUCGCGUCUCCCUCAUGCUGUGAAGGUUAUGUGGGGUGAGGUGGGCAACGCCGCCUGCCAGGCUGUGGAACGCUGGCGCAGCAGCCGAGCGUGGCACAACCAGCACUCCUGGGGCGGGGGGGGCAGUUUUGCAGCAGGUAGUGUGUGCAGGAGGUGGGUCUGAGCCAGGCGGCUGUCUGUCUCUCCUGGGGAACAGCUGGGUUUAUCGGCCAGCCUGCCGCUUUCAAAGCUGUGCCUCUGGCAGAGAAGGUGCCAGGCUCAAGAGUGAGCAGUUGAUUUAGGAAAACUCAGUACAGCGCUCGUGCCCCCUUUCCUCCAGCUUCCCAAGCCCUUUUCACUUUCCCAGCUCAGGCAGAAGCAGUGCAUGGCAUUAAGUGGUGGUGACGGCUGGGUUUUGAUGAGUGAUGGGUUAGGGGGGGCUGUUGUCAGCUUCCCCAAGCAGGGUCAGGGCAAGGGGCUCCGGCUGUGGCACAGGAUGGGGCACAGCUGGUGAGGGGCGGCUGUCUCUGGCUUCAGCCCACUUGCGAAAGCAGCCCCUGUUCUCUUUUAGGGGUUUUUAUUCUCCCCCUGUCCUAAGUGGUGAUCCCAUUCGUAACCUCCCAGCUGUUACUUGAAUCCUUUUUGCCCUCCUUCAAGCGUGGUACUGUGACCUGGCCACUCAAGCACUGGAGAACAACUGCUGGCUUUGCUCCCGCCGGACUGCGAGGAUCCAAGGUUGCUCUCAACAGCCUCGGACCACUUCAGUCAAGAAGGUUUCCACCUCAUUUUAAAACCAAAGCCCGGGAAGUGAGGGGACACUCAAGUGGCACGUCUACUGAUAAAGGCACCGCGUAAGUGUCUCCUGGGGCAUUCUGGCCAUAGCAGCCAUCGCAGCAGGGAUGGAGGGCUCGGCAGAGGCAGCUCAGCCGCACAUAUCGGCACUCUUGCGACAGAGGGCUGGCUCCCUCCAGCAUGUUGCAGUACUCCAUCGUGGACAGAAUUGCACCAUAUUGUGUUACGCAUUGUAAACAGUUGUAUUAUAGCCUGGUUUGUACAUACAGGAGCUGCAGUGACCUUUGAUACGGGUUUGGGACAAGUGUGUUCUCGGCAGCGAGGCAGGUCGGGUGCAGAGGCGCUGUGGGUAGUCUCAUGCUGUAAUCCAGGGCAUUAAAUGACUCUGACCUGCUCCAAUCCACGCCUUGCUGGACUCCUCUCUUUCUAUAGUGCCUUUUGUAGAUACAGCUAAACACACAUCACACAAUACAAUGAACAAAACCAUGUCAAAGGUGGGGUUUUGUUGUUUUUGGUUUUUUUUCAAAGUGCAACUGACUGUGUAAAGAUUUUUUUUUUAAAGAAAAAACCAAAAGCACUCCAAGAUUAGCUACAAACCGUUGCCUACUGAAAAAUGCAAGAGCAUUUUCAGCUUUGAUCUAACGGUAGGUUAAUACGAUCAACUUGUGUUUGUGCCUGGCUUCUCAGCAACAAGUGGCAGGUGGGGGAAGGAACCAGUGCCGUGUGCUCCAAGUGCUGUUGCCGAUUUACAUGUUGGGUUUGCUUCUUCCGUAACUGAUGCCGUUCAACAUUGUUUAAAUAACUAUAUUUUGUGAAAAGAUGAAGAAAUUUUAUUCAGAGAGAAGUAUCGA